AUGCCUCCCCGACGAGCCUGCGACACAUGCUAUAAGCGAAAGAUUCAAUGCCUGAUCAAAACACAAGGUGAUCCAUGUGACUGGUGCGACAGCCAGGGGCUCACAUGCACCUUUGAUAGAGUGAUUCAGAAGGACCCAAACAAAAGAACUACGUCCGAUGUCGUCCAGGAACUAUCACGCCGCGUGGAAACGCUCGAGGAGGCGCUUCAAACGGCAUUGACGAAUAGCACAAGCAUGUCCGUUGGAGGCCCCUCACCAUGGUCUGAACCAACAAGCCUUCGCUUCGCUUCCUCCCCUAUCACUCGCCAGCCGGUGAUAAGUCCGAUUGGCGUAUCGCCUUCAACACGCCCCAAGGCCGUUUACAAACUAUGUCGCUGCCACAUCGGCACAAACUGGUAUUUCAAAGGAAUAGGCAUUCUAUCAGAUCGCGGCUGGCAGUGGAUCUCGGACGGUGCAGGGGAGCGUGUAUUUCUUGAGAACUUUGGCAUUUUCGGUAAUCCUGCGCCGUCGCUUGGCUCUGUUUCAUUUUCUGAAACACCGAGGGUUCUGCCCCCUAGAGCUAUCUGCGCGCAUGUCGUUGAGUUAUUUUUCAAGUCUAAAACAGCCGUCAUCUUUCCGUUUUUGGAGAGAGGCCUCUUCGAAGGGACGAUGGGGAGGGCUUUUGACGAGGGGGUUGUUGAUUUGGGGAGGAGGGCGCCCGCUGAGGCUUGUCUUUGGGCUAUGAUUGCUCUUGUUGUUAGAACGACUGAUGCUCAGCAUUUGGGGUUUUCUUUUGAGCCGAGGGAUUGUGUGAGUGAGGCGUCGAGAUUGUUGGGUAUCGUGAGUGGUAUUACCAGCUUGGAUAGCUUGCAGGGAACUCUUCUUCUGUGGGCAAGCUAUAAGACACGAGGGUAUUGCCGUGAAGCAGCUGUCAGUUUCGCUAGCGCCUGUCGCAUGGUAUGCGAUCUUGGCGGCCAUUUCCCUCUAUCACGACCAGCAAUCUUCCCCCAACACAUUCCAACAUUCGACGGCCAAACACGGCUUCACAUCAGAAGGUUAUUCUGGAUUUGUUACUGCUACGACAAGGACAUGUCUCUCCGAACAGAUAAACCGCCACUGCUCACUUCAGAUCACUGCGAUAUAAGUGAUGCUGAAGAUCAGACGCUAUGGUACCACAGCCUUCCGCGGGAUACAAACCUCGCGAGAAUCAAGGAAAACGCAAGCAACAUUCUAUGUUCUCCACGAGCGUUCAAGUACACGGAGGGUGAACUUCUCGCGCAUGUUCGACAGCUUGACGAUGAGCUUGAAGAAUGGCGCUUAUCAAUCAGUGCAAGCUAUCGACCGCGGUUAUCCAUCUCAUCAGAUUUGGUGUUUGGACUCCCUGCAUCUUUGAAUGAGAGAGAUCGGAUGAAAGAAAGGACAUAUUUCAUAAACCUGCAGCUCGACUACCUCUUCACCAUCAUCAACAUCCAUACACUGGUUCGAAAAUGCGGCGAUUUGGAGGAGAAUCUUCCAGAUGAUCUCCACAGCGUAGUCCAUUCCAGCGCUGAUCUUUCCAUCGAAGCAAGUCGGUCCAUCUUCCGAAUCCUGGAUCAGAUAGUGGAACUCUGGGAAGAAGACGCAUUGUGGAUAGUAUCGCACUAUGCACCCAUGGCUGCGAUGCCACUCUUCAUGAACAUCCUGAUUCACCCGCUUGGUUCUUCCGCAGAUAACGAUUUGCAUAUCUUAUCGUCGAUAAGCAAGAUCACGCGCAAAAUUCCUUCUGACAGGCUUCCGAUGGAGGAGAUUGAGCAUAUCCAGGAGAUUAGUGAGUAUGUUAUGGAGCUUGUACGAUUAAGUCAUAGUGCGGCAUGGAAAGUCAAACGGGGCGAGAGAGAGCAUGAUCUUGAUAUCAUUCAUACAUAG